CUAAACAACGUACGCCUCCACGCCUUCACGAGCUCGGCCUUUCCGCUCGAGUUCCUCCACGCUGCAAUAACAGGUUGGGGUCUGUUUUCAAAGGGUAUCUGACACGAACUGAUCCUGAGCCGCCGAAGGGGGCAAACUCUGACCGUGCCGACGGAUGGCCGAGCCGGGGCACGAUAAUGACUUUCCCGACGUGUCGUCAUUUGACGACGAGUCCUCGGUUGUAUCUACGCGAGGACUCGAGGCAUUCGGCCGCAAAGUUACCACCACGGCGUCACACUUGCUAGCGGCGCGAACCGACCCUGCGGCGAAUCGGCACUACCAAAGCGCCAUGAGUGAGGUGCACCGCCAGUUGCAGAGGCCUGCGCUGCAGCGGAGCAUGUUCUCGAUGGCACGCACGACGCCGACAGACAUGGUGCGGUCGCGCCUUUCGACCAAGGAGAUCCAGUCGCGAGCCCUGUCGUACGUGCCGGAGGAAAUGCUACAAAACAUACCAGAAGCCGAGAACUCGUACUCUCUGUUCCAGGGAUUUCAAGCCAGCUUCCCUGAUUUUACCGACGAGGGUAAGAAGCACAGGCGGCGCGUCUCGCGAGGUAGGAAAUUGCUCGACGAAGGCCCAACGACACCUGAUGCGACCCCCGAGUCGCUGCAGAAGCUCAAGAAGGAGAAGACCUCGAUGAUGCACCAGUUGGAGAUGCUAGGUAUACGCAAGAACAUGGCGAGCAGCGAGAUUCGCGAGAUCGACGCCAAGAUAGAAAACCUAGCGGGCAUGCGCAGAAUUAUCCUGGAGAGGUUAGCAAACCUGGAGAAGGACGAGGCGCUGCUUGAGCAUGACAUUGUCGAGGUCGAGGGCAGGUUAGAAGAAGCGCAGGAGCUGGUGGCCGAGGCCGAGUCAGUAGUACUACGGACACCCACCAAGUCGGAGGACGACGUGGCCUCAGAGAAGGGCGAUACACCAGGCUUUAUGUCACAGUCCAUCUACGAAAAGCUUCCCUCGGCAAGCAGCACACCAUCCAAGCGGAAACCGCGAAACAUCCGGCGGAAAUCCAUGCCGAUCCUCCACGAGCACUUUGAGCCGGGCACCAUGAUCCGCUCGAUGCGCGCGCACCACGAUAACAUCACCGCCCUCGAUUUCGACGCUCCCUUUGGCCUGAUGGUCUCAGCAGCGAUGGACGACUCAGUGCGGGUAUGGGACCUCAACGCAGGGCGCUGCAUCGGCAUGCUCGAGGGCCACACGGCAUCGGUGCGCACGCUCCAAGUCAACGACAACUUCCUCGCCACUGGCUCCAUGGACGCCACGAUCCGGCUGUGGGACCUUAGCAAGGCGCACUACGAUCCGCAGGGCAGUCACUUUGGCAAGGACGAGGACGACGAGGACGCCAUCGCGUUCGAGAAUCCGGACGACCAGCCCGUCGACCCGCCCGCCGGCAGCAUGGCCGACUGCCCGCUCUUUACGCUGCAGGCGCACCUGGAUGAGAUCACGGCGCUGCACUUCCGCGACAACGUGCUCGUGUCCGGGUCGGCCGACAAGACGCUGCGCCAGUGGGACCUGGAGAAGGGUCGGUGCGUGCAGACGCUCGACGUCAUGUGGGCCGCCGCGCAAGCCUCAGCACUUUCGACUGCCACCGGCGACGGCACCUGGCGGCAGACGACGCGCGCGGCGGAUGUGUCGGCCGACUUUGUGGGCGCCCUGCAGGUUUUUGAGUCGGCGCUGGCGUGCGGCACCGCCGACGGAAUGGUCCGGCUGUGGGAUCUGCGCAGUGGGCAGGUGCACCGCAGCCUGGUUGGCCAUACGGGGCCUGUGACCUGCCUGCAGUUUGACAAUGUUCAUUUGGUGACGGGUAGUUUGGACAGGAGUAUACGGAUAUGGGAUCUCCGCACUGGGUCAAUAUACGACGCCUACGCGUAUGACAACCCAAUCACCAGCAUGAUGUUUGACACGCGCCGCAUCGUGUGUGCCGCCGGCGAGGACGUUGUCAAGGUGUACGACAAGGUCGAGGGCCGGCACUGGGACUGCGGCGCGGGCAUCGUCGAGGCCGAGCAGGGCAAGACGCCGGCUAUUGUGGAGCGCGUGCGCAUCCGCGACGGGUACAUGGUCGAGGGUCGGCGGGACGGCAUUGUCGGUGUCUGGACGUGCUGAACCAAAAGGAUGUGGCCCGGGC